GUUUAAUUUUAAUAGGUUGAGAGAGGGAGAUAAUGUGUAGUCGCAUAUGAUGUUUAUCGGUAGUUUGUUUUUUCUUCAUUGUAUCGCUAUUCAAGUAAGAUUUGGAGCAGGCCUUUCACUAUUUGGCUGUUACUGGAAUGAUGAUGGCGCCACUUUAUCGGAUAAACAAUCAACUACAUCUUCUACGGUUGACUGCAUACACCUUUGCUUAACAGUAAAUCCCAGUUACAUAUAUGCAGGAACACAAAAGGAUCCAAAGAGCUGUUAUUGUGGCGAAACACUUAAUGGUCAAGCAAGUAGCAGGAGUUUUUCAGAUAUUGAAAGUCAAUGUUCUGCACCGUGUCCAGUAGUAGUUACGGAUACCUGUGGUGGAUACUAUAGAUUAGCUGUUUACGACAUAUCUGGCUUAAAAGUCCCGGUAACUUUAGGCGGAAACGACAUCACCAUAGAAUCUACAACAGACUUCACGACCACCCAUAGACAAGUGACAUUUUCAACAUCAGAAGUCCUUUCUGAUAAAACAAAUAGUUCAACCAGAAGUACUUAUAGUAAACCUACUUAUUCAUUGGAACGUAGUACUUUUCCGAACCUAGACCAAGCAACGGAUUCAAAAACAAGUUUUAGUAUAAAAGGAUUGACCGUUUACAAUUCAACACAUACAAAAGUCUUUCAAACGACACAAAACAUCAAGCAAGAGACAACACCACCUCUUUCAGUGAACAAUAAUUGUACACAAAGAAAAUGUAUAUGUGGUAAAUGGAGUCAUUUGAACGGUCUUAAUUUAUCGAGAGACGAACUUAGUUUGAUCCUGAAAAGCGACUUGGACACUAUUCAUCAAAAUUUAAUAAUUGACGUUAAAACAACUUCUGCGUUUCGAAAUAAAAAGAUCUCAGCACCGGAUUACAGAAAGUCUUCCGCAUUGAUGGGCUACUUAGGUGUUGCUUUAAUAUGUGUACCUAUAACAUUUGUUUUAUUUAUUGAUUCCCUAAGGUUUUGUAAAAAGUAACAAUUACGAAUGAUAUUUA